AAUUCCCCUGUUAUCGCCAUUGCUGUCGAUCUUCGUCACUCUCUGAGCUCACUCUAUUAGUGAUCGUUAAGGUGGUAUAAUUUAGUAACCACAAUCCGAAUCGCAACAAAGAUUUUGCGGAUCAAUCGAGAGUUUUUGACCGUUUUAGUGGGAGUCUCAUACUUUUAACAGAAUCUGGGCCACUAAGGGACCCAUCAGAGCCAAUACGGUCUUUCCAAUAACAGAGUGAAAAGACUAUCCUAGAAUUUUAAGCUUUGCAUGAGGAUUUGAGAUAGCUAGGAAAAUUUUUCAAGGGAAGCUUUUGACAACAUGGGUAAGAAGAUGCGGGAAAAGGAUGGGCAUAAAAGGGAGAAUAACCAGGUUGAACAAGGCAAUGUUGUUAAUAAGGAAAGUGAUUUUUUGGAUGUGUCAGCUGGGAAUAUGAAUGAUGUUUCCAGAUUAAUCAAUAGAGAUCAUGAUAAGAAUAAGAGGAAGGAGGAUAACUAUGAAAAGAAGAAGGAUCGGAUGAAAAAGAGGAAAUCAGAGUUUGACAAAGAUAAAAAGGAAUCUCAGAAGGCUCCAAAGAAGCAUAAGAAAAGUAAAGAUGGAGUUGGUGAUGUUAAAGAGGCUUUAAUGGAAAUUUGUACAGCUGGAAAAGAGAACAUAAAAAAUGAAAGUAGUAAGGCAAUGUAUUUGGGGAACAAUUUUGAGUUGGAAGCAAAAAGGGUUAGAAAAGAUAAACACAAGAACAAGAUUGGAGAUGGGAUUGAUGCAGUCACUAUUGCAACUGAAACCCUUGAACAUAGGAAAAUGCAAGAGACAGUUGAGGUGCUAAAAGGCUGCAGCACUGAAGACAUUAACAAGAUGGUGCAUGGAAAAGAAGGUGAAUAUGAGAAGCGAAAGAAGAAGAAGCACAACUUGGAGAAGGUGACUGGUAAUGUUGAUGGUCAUAUUGCAGUAAUGAGCAGUGUAACUGAUGGAAAUGAAACUGACAAGAAGAAAGACCGAGAAGACGGGAAUGCCAUUAAAAUGGUUGAGGACUCUGGGAAGGGAAAGAAGAGAAAGAAGAAAAGCAUUAAUUAUGGUUUGGGUGUUGAUAAACCAAGGAAGAUGAGCACUGGGAUUGAAAAUCAUGAGUUUCUCUAUAGCAAUGGUGAGUUAAAUUGUAAUGCAGCAGAAUGCGGAAAGUUAGGCAUUGCUGUUGAUAAUGAUGAAGAUGGCAAUAGGGACAAGAAGAAGAAGAAGAAGAAAUCCAAAUCUCUGAAAACUGGUUCAGAUGGUAAAGAGCAUCAAUCUUUUAAGGGAUAUAAAGAUCGUGAGGUUGACAGCAAUGAUAAAGAGGAUCCAGCUGAUAAUGAGGUAGAAUGCACAGAAUUAGGACGUGGUGUUGAUAAUACUGAAAAUGGUAACAGAGGCAGGAAGAAGAAAUCUAAAUCAGUGAAGAGUGAUAUAGAGGGUAAACAUCAUGAAGGAGAUGCAAGAACCAGAAAAAGUGUCAACACUACCAAUCAAUCUGAAGAUGCUACACCUAAAGAUAUAUCUAAGAAAGUGAGUUUCUCUGAUCAUGUUGAGGUUUUCCCUUGUGUGGAUGGUAUAGUUGAUGCAAACAUGGAUGGCAAAGAAGGCUUAGUGUAUGGUAAGCAUUACUCAAAAGAAGAAGAUGCUAUCGUUAUGGAUGCUGUUGCCAAUUACAUUGAGUCUAAUAAUUUAGGUGAGGAAGGUCUAGAUAUGGUUCUGAACUGUAGAACUUACCCCAAAGUCAGAAACUGUUGGAAGGAAAUUCAAGCAGCCAUUCCUUGGAGGCCAUGUGAUAGUGUGUACCGUCGAGCUCAUGUUCUUUUUGAAAGGGAUGAGAAGCAUCCAUGGACCCCUGAAGAGUAUGAAUUCAUCCAAAAGUUUGUUGAAAAACAUGGACCAAGAUGGAAAUUGUUGGCCGACACACUUGGCAAGCAUAGGCAUCAUGUAAAAGAUACCUGGCGUAGAAUAAAACUGACCAAUACAAAUAGAGGGAAUUGGUCUCAAGAGGAGUACCAGAAUUUAUUUGACUUAGUAAACUUGGAUUUAUCUAUGAAAGCUUUUGAGGAAAAGAAAUCCAAGCAUGGAAUGUUGCGAGACAAUAUUUGUUGGAGUGCGAUUAGUGACAAGAUGGAAACGAGAGGUUUUGCACUUUGUUGCAAAAAAUGGUAUUACAGCUUAGCGUCUCCUAUGGUAGCAGAAGGCAUAUGGGCUGAUGCUGAUGACUAUCGCAUGCUAGAUGCUCUUUCUAGCUUGGAUGCUUGCUGCAUGGAAGAUGUGGACUGGGAGAACCUUAUUGAGCAUAGGUCUGGAGAUUUAUGUCGAAAACGGUGGAACCAAAUGGUUCAACAUGUUGGUCCACAUGGGGUCAAGUCUUUUGCUGAACAAGUUGAAGUUCUUGCUAAUCGAUAUCGGCCAGAUAUGCUUGAUGCUAGAGAGGCCUAUGAUAGCAAAUGUCCUGUUGAUCUGCCAUAGCUGUGUUUCUUUUGUUACCUGCAG